AUUACUCUUAUUGAUCUAUAUGUGCUUAUAUUGGAUUAUUUGAACUGUUCUUGAAGCUUCAAUGAGCAUAAACUUGAAGAAUUUUUUGAAUCACUAGGGCUGUUUACUCCAAGUAAAUAAAUCAUAGAGGUUUGGAUAUCAGUGAUGAUUGUCAUAAGGUCAUAAAUGAAAUAAAAAUGUAAAGUUUCAUUUUAAACAACUUGUUUACUAGUAAAUGUAAUACUAUAUUCCCUAUACUAUAAAAUAGUAAAGCGUCUUAGAAUCUUAAAGAGAAGAAAUUAUAAUAAUAAAUGUUUUAAUAUCAUACAAAGUCAUUAUGUAUUGAUAAAGUUAACAACUUGGAGGCUAAAUAUUUGGGUGUUAUUUGGUAAAUGCCUCUGAGGGCCCUCAUUAAAAAUGAUAUGCCCAUGUUAUUUAUAUUUUUGAGUUGUCACAAGACUCCUAAAUGUAAAUGUGUUUAAUCUACAAAACUGUAUUCAACAUAGUUUCUAGUUUAUAUAACCCUGGAACUACCGCCGUUAAAAUGUGAAUUCUUUAUUCAAGUAUAGCGGGACUGCAAAAGUGGGCUUUACACUGGUAACUUAUUUGCUGUAGCUGAAUGGCAGGAGCAUUAUUAAGCAAUAGAGCACAAGAGGGAGUGUGUGUGAUGGCAAAAACAUCACAGCUGCUGGUCAUGGGCUGCACAAGCUGAAGACGAAAGAACAGUUUUGCAUUCUCAUAGAAAUGGAAACAAAAUUUAUAAAGUCAAGUAAAAUCUAUUUACUAGUCAAAAAACUUAAACAACAAAAACAUACAUGUUGUUUACAGUAAAUAUGCUACAAGAAAGUUUCAAAUAUAAAGUAUUCAACUAAGCUGUAUAAUUUUGUAUCAUGUUUUGUCCACCAACCAGAGAGAAAAAAUAGGAUCUUUUUAAAUUGUCAUCUUUAUCCUUGUACAGCACUGUGUAAAAGCACCUAACCACUUUGUUUAAACAUUUAUCUGGGCAUUAAGUGAGUGUUUGCCAGUAAACACCAGAUAACGUUAGAAUAAAAUUAAACAAUAAAAAAUUGUAUUAAGACGUUACAAGAAAAAAAUCUUGUGAGCUACUUCAAAUAACUCAGGUUUUGUUUCUUCUGCUCUCCAGCCAUUGCAUAGAUUUGUUUCAGUUCCAUCAACAUUACUUGCAUUAAUUUAAUGGAUUCUAUCGUGUCUCUAUCCUAUUUAUCAGUUGUUUUGCAAUUCUCUAUUGUUCUGCAAUUCUUUGUCCUAUCUAUUGUUCCGCAGUUGUGUACAUAUCUAUCUCUAUCUAUCUGUUGUUCUGCCGUUCUCUAUCUAUCUGUUUGUAGCAAGGCAUGUGUUACCCCAGGCUCAAGGAGGACGCUGGAGGCAGGAUUCCUGCUCUUUUUAAAGGUGCUCACCAGAGCCGAGAGGGAACGAGUACCUAGCUAGCUGGCAGCUCAGCUCGUCGGAGCUCGGGACUCACUCCUUGCUCUGGUGUCUCUCAUGGCUGGCACCAGCGUCCUCGUCGUCCUCCCGCCAUCACUCUUGUGCCUCGCGUCCGUCGGUGGAGCUCGGGCUUUGCGCUCUGCCCCCUCCACACUCGCGGCUCUCUCCCCGGUGUCCUUGCUGAGGUUCGUCGCCGCUGAGCGUUUGGGCCCCGCCUUCCUCUCGGCCGUCGUCGCCGGGGCCUGCCGCACUAUUGUUCUGCGAUUUUCUGUCUGUCUGUCUAUCCUACAGCCAGCCAAAACGAUUGUGAUAACCGCAAGCUAUUGCUGUGGCUGAGCUUCAGAAUGGUUUUAAGCAAGCUAACAGUAGGACCUUUCUCCUUUGUCCUAUGUGCAAGAAGACUAAUUGGAGCAUUCCAGUUCCUCUCAGGUGAUCAUGCAUGAAGAAUUCCUCAGAAGCUGACAUUCUGGCUGUGGUGGAAUCUGCCAAGAGAGCUGCCAGCAAUUUGAUGCGUACUGGCCGUGUCUGGGAAUACUCUCUCCUCAGCAGGAUCAUGAAGAGCCCUGACCCUAUUGGCAGGAUGAUCGAGGAGCUGCAGAGCAGAGGAAAUGCUGUGGUUGGCAUCCCAACUAAAGAACCAGCUCCUGCUGUUCCAGCUGUUCCAGAUACUAAAUAUGUGCAUAUAUCUGGGGGUUACACAUUGAGAAACUGGGUACUUCAACCAUGGGGUCGCUCCUCCCGGAUUCUCAAUCCAACUUGACAUUUUGACCUAAAAUCUAUCAGCAUGUGAGUAUGGUACAGGAUUCAUAAAGAUUUAACAGGGGUUGCCAUUCUAACCAAUUUAGGCUGAACAAAUUCUGAACCUGGCAAAGACUGGCUAAUUUGACCUAAAAUCUCUCAGCCUGUGAGUAUUCUUACAUAUUUGGAAAAUAUUCAUCACAAGCUUUCCAAAGUUACUAAAUAUGUGUAUAUAUCUGGGUGUUACACAUUGAGAAGCUGGGAACACCCAUCCUGGGGUUGCUCCUCCCUCUUGUCACCUCAUUGGCCCCACUGGACCACAGCCAUCAUCCAACCAGGUGAUAGCCCAGUCAAGUGGGGGGCGUGUACUUUUUGUUUACAGUAGCAUAUAAGCAGCUGGUUUGAGCUUCCCAAACCACCUCUGAUCCUUGUCUUGCCAAGAUCAGCGACCUACUUGACCUUCUUGACCUUCUCUGCUCCAGUGACCAGCAAUCUUCUCGACUGAGAUGGCUUCUUCUGCUGCUUCUUCUUCUGCUGCUGCUUCUGCUGAGCAACCUCGCAGUAGGAACUUUCUCCUGUGUCCUAUUUGCAAGAAGACUCAUUGGAGCCUUCCAGUUCACCUCAGACGAUCCUGCAUGAGGACCUCGUCAGAAGCUGACAUUCUGGCUGUGGUGGAAUCUGCCAAGAGAGCUGUCAGCAAUCUGUUGCGCACUGGUCGUGUCUGGGAGUACUCUCUCCUCAGCAGGAUCAUGCAGAGCCCUGAUACUAUUGGCAGGAUGAUCGAGGAGCUGGAGAGCAGAGGAAACGCUGUGGUUGGCAUCCCAACUGAAGCCCCGACUGCUGCUGUUCCAGCUGUUCCUGAUGUUCCUGUCGAGGCUCCGGCUGAGUCCAGCUCAGAAAGCUCUGGGGAACUCUAUCAGUGCCCUGAUACAACCAAGCAGGGAACUUCCCUUAGGGAGAGGAUGGCAAGUUUGGGCUACUACAAGAAGCACUCGCUAGACCAUGAUCUCCUUGUCAGCUUCGCAAAGUUUCUACAGUUUGACAUGUCGAACGAAAACUUCAAACAGGAGGUGGAGAAUGUUGCAAGGUUCCUGUACUUCAUGGACCCUCAGCAGGCCAGUCUCCUGUUUGUGCGACAGCAUGAGAAGUCCCGAGAGUAUUUCCUCAAGCUCUCAGAGGCCGGACUCAGCAAGCAGACGGUACAGAAUUACAUCAAGAGUGUUAAAAGGUUCUUGAAGUUCCACACGGGCAGCACUGACCUGUGCUUCACGGACAGAGUUCUGCACGAGGACUGCAAGAACUACAUCUCAUUCCUGGACAACAUCCAGAUGGCAACUUCAAAACAAGUCAGCAAGGAGACGACCAGGAAGAGAUUCGACACCUUCCAGGAGGGUGUUCUCUCUUCAACGCAGGUCACUGCCGUGCUGGCCGCUGCCAAGAAAGACUUCCUGGCUGUCAUUGGGAAGCUGCAUGCGGGAGAGUGCUCUCCAGGCCAUCAGCUGACCCUGACAGAGUUGCAGCUGGUCCUCUAUUACCUAGAGGCCAUUGUGAUUCUGGACCAUGCCCAGCGGCCUGGAGUUGUUGAGCACAUGACUGUCACGGAAUGGAUCAGCCGAAGGAGAGAUGACACUCGUCCUGGUUUCGUUGUGGUUUCCACUCAGGUGGCCACCUUUGUUCUUACCCAGGAGCAGGAGAUGUGGUUCGAUCUCUACUUCUCGGAGGUGCGCCCAGUCAUGCUGGGAAAAAAGAGGAAGCGCGUUGAGGAUGACGAUGAGACUGAUGAGAGGUUCUUCAUUUCCUCCACUGGCAAAGCCAUCUACAACGCCUCCAAUGACCUGGAGCGGCUGCACAAGAAAUAUCAGGUGCCGAAGGUGACCAGCCAGAUGGCCAGACGGGCAUAUGAGACAGCAACGAAGGAGCUGUCCGAUGUCCAAAAGACGAAGGUGGCCGGCUACCUCACCCACUCUACGGCCACAGCAGAGAAGCACUACCGGAUGAAGGAGAUAGGCUCAGCGGUAGAUGCUUUCCUGAUCCUGAGGAAUCUCCGGGGUGAUUCAGAUAGUGACCAGAGCGACACACCCAGGGGUUCCUCGGCAUACCUGACCGACCAAGCUGCUUAUGACAAGUUGCUCCGGUCAUAUCCAGUGACGUUGGACGGGGUGCCACCCAACCGCUCUCAGCGAAAAUCCCUGGCAGGGGAGUAUGAACGCUACUGCUAUGACCGCUGGCGUAGCGAACAGCUCGAGCGUCGGGUGCAGCAUGUUCUUGAGCACUUUGCCCGUAGACUGCCCUCUGAGUCCAGAGUCAAGGCCUGGAUUGAGAAGCAAGGGUGGUCUGCAAACCUUCCAGAUGCUGCAUCCAUCGUUCAGCAGUGGAAGCCAUCUGGGGGCAUCGAUGUUGCAAUGGACAGUGUUGUGCUGCAGAAGUUUACAAAAUGUAAAAUAGCUGUAAAAUGACUGUAUUUGCAUUGUACUCAUCCCAACUUCUGGUUCCUGUCACCACCACUGUGUCUGGGGGCUAAGGACACACUAACAUGGUGAUGUGACAGACAUAUAUCUUGGGCUGGUUUAAGCUUCUGAAGGGCGGGUUUUAGACUGACUUUGGGCUGGAUAUUUUUCUAGGACCUGGCAACCCUGCUGAGCGGAGCUGCGUUGUUCAGAGGCUUCACGAAGCUGGGAACGUUGUCGAAUUCAUACCGUAAGUCGCCCGCGCUUAGUAAAAAGCUCGGUCGCGCUGUCUGCACUAAAGGUUCAAGCGCGCGCAUAAACCGCGUUUUACGGUAACAGCUCGCGCUUUCAGUACAGAUGUUUAAAAUAGGAGAAAACAUCUGGUCUUCCAGCCUAAUAAAGACAACUAAAGCAAGUCUAAUACACACAUGUCCCAGAAAUAAGACGCACGUGGAGCAGAGAAACACGUGAGAAAUGAGCAUAUGAGCUGUUAUUAGACAGUCUGUACAGCGCGUAUUCGGCUCUGUACAGACCACAACUUGAAGUCCCAUGAAACAGGCGAAUCAGAGUGCAGACCACCGUAUUCCUGAAGACCCCUCUCUCUGGAGUGAUAGUACAGUAGUCAUGUGCAUUAAUGACAUGUUGGGUUGUAGAUGUUCAUUUGG